UUUGAAGCACAGCAGGCUGUAAUAGGAUCUGUUUAUUGAAUCUGAUCAGAUCUAUGGGGUAAAACGCUGGGAUCUGUUGGUGUCCCGUGUUCUAACAAAUCUGAGCAGAUAUUUAAAUGAAGGCUGUAUUCUCUGUAGGUGAAUAAUGAAAGAAGGGUGGUGUAGAGUUUCUCCUGAUCUCCGGUAAAGAGGAGCAGCAGAAGAUCCAGCUCUGAUCAGCAGAUCCACACCUCUGUACUCAGACUGCUCUGCUCACCUGCUGCAGAUAUGAAUGCCAUAAUUUCCCAAGCCUUUAUUACCUGGUUGAAUUCUAUCUUCAUAAGUGCUCACAAGUUGAAGAUUUCACAAAGAGCUUGAGGUACUGAAGAACAUGGCAUCUAAAGAAAUCUCCAGUACUCAGCGAACGUCCCCUCCCACACUUUGCAGACGAAUGCAUAAAAGUACAGAAAAGAAGACUAUUUAUUAUUGCUUAGAAUGUGGGUAUAGUUUUAAUCAAAUGGAUUCCCUUCUUCAACACCAGCGAAUUCACACUGGAGGGAAACCGUAUUACUGUUUAGAAUGUGGGAAGAGUUUCAGUCACCAAGGUACCCUACAACAACACCAGCAUAUUCACACUGGAGAGAAACCAUGUUACUGCUCGAACUGUGGCAGGAGUUUUAAUCUACAGAGUACCCUACAACAACACCAACGCGUUCACACUGGAAAGAAACAGUAUUACUGCUCUGACUGUGGGAAGAAUUUUAGUCGACAGAGUAAUCUCCACCAACACAAGCUCAUUCACACUGGAGAGAAACCGUAUUACUGCACAGACUGUGGGAAGAAUUUUAGUCGACAGAGUACCCUUUUGCAACACGAACACGGUCAUGCUGGAGAGAAACCGUAUUACUGCUCAGACUGUGGGAAGAGUUUUAGUCGACAGAGUAAUCUCCAUCAACACAAGCUCCUUCACACUGGAGAGAAAGUGCAUCAAUGCCAUGACUGUGGGAAAAGCUUUUCUAAGAGGGGUAAUCUAAAAACUCACCAGUUUGUUCACACUGGAGAGAAACCGUAUUACUGCUCAGACUGUGGGAAGAGUUUUAGUCGACAGAGUAAUCUCCAUCAACACAAGCUCAUUCACACCGGAGAAAAAGCGCAUCAAUGCCAUGACUGUGGGAAAAGCUUUACUAAGAGGGGUAAUCUAAAAACUCACCAGCUCGUUCACACUGGAGAGAAACCGUUUUACUGCUCAGACUGUGGAAAGAGCUUUAGUCGACAGAGUAAUCUUCAAAAACACAAGCUCAUUCACACCGGAGAGAAAGUGUAAUACUGCUUUGAGUGCGGGAGGAGUUUUUAUCAUUAGAGCUCUCUUCAACUACACUUGUACAUUCACACUGGAGAUCAACUAUAUAACUGUUCAGACUAUGGGAAUAACUUCAGGCUCUUAAAUUUAAGAGACAUUUAAGAGACACAAGUGUGCUAAGAACAGUAAUGGAAAUGGGUAAUGACAUCUAAAAGCAUUCCAGAUCCAAAAGGCUUAUAAAAAGAGCAUCAUGUUCCAGUGUACCAGUAGAUCUCUGUUCCUAAUUUCUGAUUAAUCAAAAAUCUCCACAGUGAAAAAUUAUUUUGUGAAGUUCUUUGUCUGGUUUGGUUAGUUUAGUUAUUCUGGUUGACUAGUUUGGUCAAUAUGGAUAGAUUUAACAUCAAAUUUCAAACAAACAUACCCUCUGCUGGUCAAUUGCAAAGCUAUUAAACCAGCUUAAACAGCAUGAGCUGGUCAGGCUUCUUUUUUAGCGUGGUAUUCUAUUAUUUGUCAGGUUUGCUACUUUAUUAUGAGAUAAGGUAUAUCUAAAUAUAUAACUGAAUGAACAUUGAGAGCAUGUUUAUAAUAUUUUAGCCGUGCAGUAGUACGCAAAAUUAUUGUUUGUAGAUUUGCUGUCAAUUUAAUUUUUCUGCCUCCUCUACGGUAAAUAUAUACUGUAUUUUAUUUUGAAAUAUGUGUAUUUCUUAACCGGCUAACACGUGUGGUUUCACCUAUAAAAUAAGCAUACAGUGCUGGAUUACCACAGGUUCGCUCAUAGAAUGUUUUCUGACAUCAAUAAGAAAAGCCAACAAGUGAGCAAUUGUCCUUUUAACAAAAUGACCAGCUUAGCUUGUGGGAAACCUCUUGCUUAUGACAAGCCUCUUGAAGUAUUUGAUGAUGGGAUUUAUGGAGGCAGGGGACCGUUCUCUUCCCCAGUUCAGUUAUUUGUUCCUGUUUUAUCUCUGAACACCAGAACCUUUAUUAAUAAACCAUUAUUAAUCUCAGAUGACUUGCUGUACUUUCUUACGGCUUCAAAAAGAGAAUAGAGUGGUCUUAAAGCAUGUUGAAAGGACUCAAAAGACUGGGUGUGUAAGGUUCAAGGUCUCAGCCCACUUUUUUUUAUUUUAGGAAGUAGCCUGUAUAGUGUGUAGUCUUUAUUUUUGUAUUUAAUGGGUUUACAAAUAAACAAAGCAUGCAGAAAUUCUGCAUUGUUGGUUGCUGUUAACAAUUUAUGUAAUAAUGUAAUUUCCUUUAUCAAAGGAUGAAGAGUCUGAGCUUAAACUGUAGAAACAGUAGCUGGAUAAACUUUUGCUUAUUAUUGUUGUUGGAUUGAUCAUAAGUAAUAGUUCAUUAACCAUAACCAGAAUAUUUAAAUGUUUAAAAGCUUACAGCACCACAGUAAACUAACAUGAACCAAACAGGAAAGUGAGAAGUAAACAGACCUUGUUUAAUAUGUGUCUAAACCAGGUAGUACAGUCUCUGCUUACACAGACACAUCAAAUUAAUUUACAGCUUAGCCUUAGUUUAGACCAGCAAUUUAGAGUUUUUCUCUCUCUCGUAAGGCAUGUAAAAUGUAACUUGAAGCAACAAUGACGAUUUACUAAUAAUUAAUUUGAUGCUUGCCUUCUCUUAACCCUUUUACACCUUGCGUCCAUUGCAUUGGACAUUGGUUUUCUUCUUUUUUUGUAUUCCUGCGUUUAAUAUAUAUUGAGGCCUGUUGUCCAACAGAAUUGACAUUCAUCAGCCAAUCAAAUACAGCACCUUAGCCUCACCUACUGCAUUGGACAAAAUAAACAAUUCAUGUUGAGUUAUUUUUACCGCUUAGGGAUGAUUUGUGAAAUAAAUAAUGUAAAAAGUUGUAUAAAAGUUAAAUUAAAUAAAAAUAACAAACAACUCAGGUUAGGCUCACUUGUAUGGAGCCUCUAGGGUGACAUCAUUAAAAAAAAAUAAAUAAAUAAAUAAUAAUAAUAAUGUGUUGCCAUGACUUGUUUAGGCCUGGUAAAGAGAGAAUUAAGUCAUGGUUAUAUAAGUCGUCCCCACAAUUUAAUUAUCUUGUUCCCAUGAUUAUUUUUUUAAAUUAUUAACUAAGAAAGUGGGUCUGGAACUGUUAUUUAAUAGGAUCCGGUGCUGUUAAUCUCUGCCUGGUGGAUUCUGAGCCUGAGGUAAAUAGCUAACUAGCUAAAGGUUAGCUUAGAUUAGCUAAAUAGUUAACUAGCUAGGUUAUCUACCUGAAUGAGACUGGUUGCUGGGUGAGUACAAAGUCUGAAGUACUGCCAUUUUGUUUUUUUCUCACAGUUAUACAUAUUGACUGGGUUUGGUGGUGUAACUUAAGCUAUAUUUUAUUAUUUAUUAAGAAAGUGAGUCUGUGACAGUUUUUAAAAAGACCAAUUAAAAAAAAUGCUUAGUGUAGGCUGAGGUUAAUAGCGUUAGCUGACUGACUAAGUUACAAAAAAUUGUUUGGCCCACCCCGAGGAAUGAUUUAAGUAAAAAUAGCUACAGGGUUUUGUAAUUUAGAUAAAUACUGUAUUUGCGGUGUUUAAUAAAGCUAAAAAUGAGUGGCAGAGCUAGGUGACAUGUUAAAGCUAACUGUUGGGUUAACAGUAGCUGGACAAAGUGAAUCUGCCUUUUUGUGCACCUGUGAGGAAAGAAUUAGUGAAUGCUAUAAAUUGUAUAGCAUUUUUUAUUAUAUUAUUUAUUAUAAACAGAAAAUGAAUGUUGUGUUUUAUGGUGUCACGCUAUAUUUAAUAAGUCUCUGUGUGAUUGAAUGUGCAUUUAAGUCACUUAAAAUCAAAAGCAUUUUAAGCUAAUCUUAUUUUUAAUUGAACAAUGAUAUUGUGAUUGGUGCAGACGAGACUGAACAUUAGCCUGAUCAAACAGAUGUUCAGGUCUACUCUAGCUUUGUUGGAAUGAGAACUUGCAGCCACACUGACCCUGUGCAAAAUCUUGUACUUCCUUAAUGUGACUGGCUGCUUGUAGUCAGUUUUUAAUCUGGUUUUUUUUUCUGAUUCCAGGUGAAUAUAUGGGUUCUUCUUAAGAAAUCAAACUUAUUAUGUGGCGCAAGGAAUUUUGUUACCUAAAUAAUAAAUAUAAAAUCAUAAACAUCUUUUGUCGAUCUUGCAUU